GCUAACAUUGGGCGCAAUAAGCCAAAAUGGCCGCCGCUACCGUCGCUGUCCUGCCCGCUGUUCCUCCUACAGGAGACCAAAAUAGAGAAAGAUGCUUAGAAGAUUAUCGCAAAAAGUUAACGGAACACAAGGAAAUCGAAAGCAGGCUCAAAGAAAUGCGGGAACAGAUUAAGGAAUUAAAUAAACAGUACGAAAAAUCGGAAAAUGACCUGAAAGCUCUGCAGAGUGUUGGUCAGAUUGUUGGCGAGGUUCUGAAACAGCUCACGGAGGAAAAAUUCAUCGUAAAGGCGACAAACGGACCGAGAUACGUCGUCGGAUGUCGUCGUCAACUCGACAAGGCAAAGUUAAAGCCGGGCACUCGUGUUGCUCUGGAUAUGACGACGCUCACAAUCAUGAGGUACCUGCCUCGUGAAGUGGACCCGCUGGUGUACAACAUGUCCCACGAAGAUCCUGGCGAUAUAUCUUACUCCAUGAUCGGCGGUCUCGGCGAACAGAUCCGCGAACUCCGAGAGGUGAUUGAAUUGCCGCUGUUAAACCCCGAGCUGUUCCAGCGUGUGGGCAUCACCCCUCCUAAAGGAUGUCUCCUCUACGGCCCCCCAGGAACUGGGAAAACCCUACUGGCUCGGGCCGUGGCCAGCCAGAUUGAGGCUAAUUUCCUCAAGGUGGUGUCCAGUGCCAUCGUGGACAAGUACAUCGGCGAGAGUGCCCGACUCAUCCGCGAGAUGUUCAACUACGCUCGCGAUCAUCAGCCCUGCGUCAUCUUCAUGGACGAGAUUGACGCUAUUGGCGGACGCCGUUUCUCGGAAGGAACGUCAGCGGACAGAGAAAUCCAGCGGACACUCAUGGAACUCCUGAACCAGAUGGACGGCUUUGACUCCUUGGGUCAAGUGAAGAUCAUCAUGGCUACGAACCGGCCGGACACCCUGGACCCGGCCUUGUUGAGGCCAGGUCGUCUCGACAGGAAAAUUGAAAUCCCGUUGCCCAACGAACAAGCUAGGCUGGAGAUUCUAAAGAUCCAUGCCGCUCCCAUAACGAAACACGGAGAUGUCGAUUGGGAAGCCGUCGUGAAGCUCUCCGACGGAUUCAACGGGGCGGACCUCCGGAACGUCUGCACCGAAGCAGGAAUGUUUGCCAUACGUGCCGAGAGGGAAUACGUGGUGGAGGAAGACUUCAUGAAGGCAGUUCGAAAAGUGGCCGAUAACAAGAAAUUGGAGUCCAAGCUGGAUUACAAGCCAGUCUAAUCCUUUUUUUUUUCUUAACGUGUUUUUUUUUUUAAAGCAGUACUAAUAAAUCUCAACUUCACUUUC